AAGGGGUAAGGAGACCGCAGACCGGAAGUGCCGGCACAGCGCGGCCUCCUCUUCCGGAAUGAGAUUUUUUGGUGGAGGAAAUGGCGCCGGUGGAUGUGUUGACUGUGUUUCCAGGAAAUCCUCUAGCGGACUGAGGGGCGCCCAGAGGCCGCUGCUCCCGCCGGCCGCACCCCUAAUGUCACUGCAGUGCACUUUAUAUACAUGAGUUACAGAGAACUGGAGGCUGCAGCUACCAAAGACACUGUUGGAGAUCUGAGUAGGGGUACAGAUCAGGAGGAGGGAGUACAGUUAAUGGAAGAAAGGAAAAACCGAAAGAACGAUAAGAAAAAGAAGGAAGCUGCCUCUAAAAAGGCCACUGAACAAAAAAACAAAGUGCCAGAUCAAAUCCUAAGCCAGCCUCAGCCUGUCAACGGAAACAUUGGUAUUUUCACCGUAACCAGCAUUCAGAAUAAUAAUGCCAAGCGGCCCCCAGCACUCAGUCCACAACAGCAGCAACUGGCGUCUCGUUACCCUCCCCGUGAAGUACCACCGCGAUUCCGGCACCAGGAACAGCAGAAGCCUCCUGUGAAGCGCGGGCAGCAGUUUCCCAGCAUAGCAGCCAGUCUGGGUUUAGCCACUAAAGUAUUAAACCAAGAGUCCGAAAGCAGCACUGUAGUGUGUCAGGAGCACGCUGUGACUGAAAGUCAGCCAGGCAUGCCUCCCAUUCGGGAUCUGGUCAGCCACUCCCCUAAUCAGCUAGAUCUCAAUCACGGUAGUUUAGGAUCUCACUAUGAAAGCUCACACUGGGGACCGGUAUCUUCCAACGGUGACUCGGGCACUAGCUGGGAUAAAGUUAUCGUAGACGGCACCGAUAAGGAAGCGUGGCCAUCUAUCACGGGAAGCAGCCCAGAACUGGCAUCAGAAUGUAUGGAUUUUGACUCUACCCUGAACUCUGGGCUGGAAAAGAGCCACGUAGUGCCAUUCGGGAACACCGGAGGGGAAAUGGAUAACAUUAGAAAUGGCAUUGGGCAUGGUUCUCAAAGCAAAGUUUCGGUCGGCAGCAACAGCAAUAAUGCAGGCAAUGGAAGUAUUAAUGGGCCAUGGGGAGUAUCACAUGGGCCCAUGAUAAGCACAUGUCAAGAUGGCCCUGAUAGCAAAUCAGACACUAGGCACAACAGAAUCAAUGCUUGGGGCACUGCUAAUACUUCAGUGAACGGAGUUCUAAAUCCAAGCACUUUGAACAUGAACGGCAACCACGGAACUUGGCCUGUUUUGGACAGCAAUGGACAAACCUUUAAAGGGUCUAAUAAUUCUGGCACAAAUGUUCCAAGUAAUACAAUAGGUCAGGUGUCUAACAAUCGGAGUAUUAACCCCAAAGCGGGCAACUCUACGCCUGGCUCCUGGGGAAACAUUCAGGAGAACGGAGAUUCUGAAGUCAACGGUACACGGAAGGCUUCUUAUAGUGGACAACCUCAAAACCUUAACACUGAAAUGACUGGACCAAAUAACACUACUAACUUUAUGACCUCUAGUUUACCAAACUCUGCUGGUUUAAUGCAGACAAAUGAACUGCCUAAUUCUACAGGGCAUGGGGCCUGGAGUGUGAGCAUGAAUCAUUCUCCACUUCACAGCUCUUCAUUUACAAAUGGCACUUCCAUUCCUCACAUUAGCAAUGGCGAGGAAACAAAUGGCGGAUCAUAUGGUACUACAUGGGGUACCUCCGGCUCAAAUUACUCCGGAGACAAAAGUUCAGUCCCUAAAGGGCAAGCUAAUGGCGACACUGUGAAUGCGACAAUAAUGCAGCCGUGUGUGAAUGGGCCAAACGGCUCAAACGUUAAAAUCAAUGGGAAUAAAGGAGGAUUAUGGGAGUCAGGGACUGUAAACUCCCAAAAUAUGCAUUGGGGAGGUGGAAACGGAGGGACUAAUGGUGGAAAUCACAGAGGAUGGGGAAACCCAGCACAAAGCACUGGCACUAAUAUAUCAAAUGGAGAUUGGAACAAACUUUCUAGUAAUCAGCAUUCCAAUGAUGGUGAAAACACGGAAAGUGGCAGAAAAGCAUCUAAUACCUGGAAUUCUGCCGAGGAAGAGAAUGCAGGGCAAAAUCCAACAGGGUCUAAGGCCAAUGAGGCAAGUAAUGUAUGGGCCAAAAGUACAGGUACAGGGGAAAGCGAGGGUAGUGUAGGCAGCACUGGAAGCCAGAGUGAGCUCAGGCCUGUAGAGAGAAGGAAAAUGGACCAACAAACGUUACUCCAAAGUAUUGUAAACAGAGGUGACCUGGACCCUCGGGUAUUGUGCAACACUGGCUGGGGACAGACUCCAAUAAAACAGAACACUGCCUGGGAUACUGAAGCUGCUUCAGCUCGGAGAAACAGAGAGACUGACAAUGGAACAGAUGCUUGGGGUGGCUCUGUGUCAAAGACUUCUAACUCAGGGGGAUGGGUGGAGAAACCCAACCCUAAAAGCAAUGAUACCUCAUCAGUAUCUGGGUGGGGAGAUCCAAAGCCUGCUACAGGUUGGGGUGAUGCCAAAGGCUCGGUAAGCCAAGGGGAUUGGGGGGAUCAAUUUGCUGCUACUUCUGGAACGGUCAAGAGCAAUCAAACAUGGGGGAAUGUUAAAGAGGAGAAAUCCACUUGGAACGAUGCACAAAAGGUCAAACAAGGAUGGGUGGGCCACAAUAGUGAUGGUUGGGGAGAAAAUUCCAAGAGUAAUCAUUGGGGCGCAACAAAGUCAAGCUCUGGCAGUGACAGCGACAAAUCUGGGUCUGGGUGGGGUGAUACGAGAUCUGGCUGGAUUGAGCCACCUAAAGCAAACGCAAGCCAAGGAUGGGUAGAGCCAACAAAGUUGAACCAGCGAGGAGGAGAGGCCCCCAAAUGUGGCCCAACUCAAAUGGAGAGUGAACAUGUACAAUCAAAUAAUCCAUCAGAGUGGGGCAAGAAAGCAGAGAAUGGGUCGUGGGGAGAAAAGCCAUCCACCAACAAACCAUCUGGUUGGUUAGGUGGACCACAAUCAACCCCAUCGAAAGAAGAGGAACCAACUGGUUGGGAGGAGCCUUCUCCAGAGUCCAUUAGGCGCAAAAUGGAAAUAGAUGAUGGAACUGCAGUUUGGGGCGAUCCUGUUCAAUACAGAUACAAAAAUGUGAACAUGUGGGAUAAAAACACAUCUAAUACGGCCACCAGUGGGGCAGAACAUCCAAAUCCAACCCAGACCCAAGUGCAUCAUCUACCCCCACCCCAAAGUGCUGUGCCAAACAAGGAGAACAGCAGUAGUGGCUCUGGUUGGGGGGAGACUUGGUCGGAGACACCAGCUCCAACUGUGGAUAAUGGCACCUCUGCAUGGGGUAAACCCAUGGAGACCGGUGGUGGCUGGGGAGAGAAACAUACGGAGGUGGCAUCGUCUGGUUGGAAACAGACUCCUGUUGGUCACCAGGCUUCAGGCAAACCCGGUCCCAAAUCUAUGCAAGACGGCGGCUGGUGUGGAGAUGAAAUGACUGGGACUGGUGGCCAUAUCGGUGGAUGGGAUGAAGACGAUGUAGAAAUAGGAACAUGGAAUGGAAGUUCAUCACAGGACACCAACUGGCCGCCAUACAUGAAGAAAAUGCCUCCAAAGGGAAAUCUGAAAAAUGGGAAUAAACCGGAAGAGAGCAGCUGGAUGAACCCAUUUGUAAAGCAAUUUAAUAACAUGGCAUUUUCACGAGAGUCACCAGAUGAUGCCUUGCAGAGCAAUAAAAUGGAUCUUUCUGGAGGGUUAUUACAAGACAAGCGAAUGGAUCUGGAGAAAUCCAGCAUUGGGGACUACAGCCGGAUAGUCGGGAAAGGCCCUGGGCCUCGAUACCUUUCCAAAGAGUCUUCCUUGGAUCACAAUCCUUACUACGAUAAGGAUGUAGCAGAAGAGACACAAAAUCUGCAGUACAUUGCCAAUCAAAAUAUGAAGCUUCCCCCUCAUAAUAGUGCACUACCUACUCAAUCUUUCACAGGGCAGGCAGCGCCUAACGUCAGUUCUGUCAGACAGAAUGGCAAUCCCAACAUGUAUGGCGUUGGCAACGCAGCACAAGCUCGGGCCGCACAGCAUCCUCAAGCACUCAACUCAUCUCAGCCUAAUCUCCGUGCGCAAGUGCCUCCUAAUAUAAUGCCCCCUCAGGUCCCUCCUUCUUUGCUGAAGUAUCCGCCUAAUAACGCGGGCCUGAAUUCACUAUUUGGUCCCCAGCAAGUAGCCAUGUUGAGUCAGCUCUCGCAACUCUCCCAGCUCUCUCAGCUUUCUCAAAUCUCCCAGCUACAACGGUUGUUGGCCCAGCAGCAGCAGCAACAACAACAACAACAGCAGCAGCAACAGCAGCAGCAACAACAACAACAGCAGCAGCAGCAGCAGAAGGUGCAGAACCAAAGGGGAGGAAUGCCUCCAGGGGGGCGCCAGCAGCAGGAACAGCAGGCCCGGUCCCUCGGUAUGCAGCAACAGUCCCGCCAGCUCGAUCCCAGUCUUCUGAUGAAGCAAUCUCUCCCUCCUUCCCAACAAGGGAUGCUUCACCAGCCUCCUAUGAAGUCUUACCUAGAUAAUGUUAUGCCUCAUUCAACCCCAGAACUUCCAAAAGUUCCUUCACCCAUCAAUGCUUUCAACAGCUUUUCAUUAGGCUUGAACUCAAACUUGAAUGUAAAUAUGGAACUCGGUGGUAUGAAGGAACCACAAUCCCGUCUGAGGAAAUGGACUACAGUUGACAGCAUGUCUCCUAAUACUUCACUGGACCAGAAUUCCAGUAAACAUGGUGCUAUUUCAAGUGGCUUUAGGCCUGAAGACUCUCCAUUUGGCUCUUACGACUUCAUGAACAGCAGUAACUCUCCACCCAGCCCUCCGGGAUCUAUUGGGGACGGCUGGCCUAGUGCCAAAUCGCCAAAUGGCUCCAGCAGUGUCAACUGGCCACCAGAAUUUCGUCCUGGUGAGCCAUGGAAAGGAUAUCCAAACAUUGACCCAGAAACUGACCCAUAUGUUACUCCUGGCAGUGUCAUCAAUAAUAUGUCAAUUAAUACUGUGCGGGGUGUGGACCACCUCAGGGACAGAAACAGUGGGUCAUCCUCAUCUCUGAACACCACGCUGCCUUCAAAUAGUGCCUGGUCAUCCAUUCGUGCCUCCAACUAUAAUGUCUCCCACAGCAGUACCGCACAAAGCACUUCAGUUAGAAACAGUGAUCCCAAACCAACAUGGUCUGCUGGUUCUGUCAAUAACACCUCCCUGGCUCAUGAGCUGUGGAAAGUCCCGUUGCCAUCUAAAAGUAUCAGUGCUCCGUCCAGGCCUCCCCCAGGGCUUACCGGUCAGAAGCCACCUUUAUCCUCCUGGGAUAACAGCUCCCUGCGUCUAGGUAGUGGGUGGGGAUCUUCCGACUCCAGAUACACGCCAGGUUCCACUUGGAGUGAAAACAGCUCAGGGAGAAUAACGAAUUGGCUAGUUUUGAAAAACCUAACACCUCAAAUUGAUGGCUCCACCCUGCGUACUCUGUGCAUGCAGCAUGGGCCUCUGAUUACAUUCCACCUGAACCUGCCCCAUGGUACUGCCCUGGUCCGUUACAGUUCCAAGGAAGAGGUAGUAAAGGCACAAAAGUCUCUGCACAUGUGUGUUUUAGGGAACACUACUAUCCUUGCCGAGUUUGCCAGUGAAGAGGAGAUAAGUCGUUUCUUUGCACAAGGCCAGUCAAUGACCCCUUCCCCUGGCUGGCAGUCCCUGGGCUCCGGGCACAACCGGCUAGGAUCCUUGGAUAGCCCCCAUAGCAUCUCUAACCGUGGAGAUAUCAAUCAAUGGAACAGCCCUGGCUCUUCUGGCUCCGGCACUGGAGAUCUACAUGGCACUUCUCUCUGGGGCACCCCAAACUAUUCGACAAGCCUGUGGGGGAACCCAAGCAGUGAGAGCCGGGGCUAUAACAGUACUUCACCUGUCGGCGCUUUCCUUUCUGUCGAUCACUUAAAUGGAGAGCCUAUUUAGCCUAGUCGCAUAUGACCUCUGAUGAUUGUUACUGGUCAGAACCUGGCUGGACUUUUUGUGUAAAACUCUCUUCUGCACACUUCUCCCCUAUCCUUUUUUUUUAUUUUUAUUUUUAUUUUUUUAAUCUUUUAUCCCAAAACAUAUCAUUUUGAAAUACUUGAAUCAUGCAGGCCAAUAUAUAAUGUGAAAUAGAAAAAAAGUCUAUAUUUACACUUCCACAUUAGUGCUAUUCAUAUUAUAACUGCGUAAAAUGAGCUGUUAGUUGUAUUUAAAUUCCAGUUUUAUAAUUUUCCAUGUCCCCACCCUGCUCUGUAUGUCUGAGCUAGCGUGUAACCCCUUAGCCCCUUUUGUUUGUCCUUGUUGCACUGAACGGUGCGUCACACGUUUUUGGUUUUGGAUUUUGUUUUUGUUAUUUUCGUAAUUACCCGAUACAGCUAAAGUGUAACUGUUUACUCUAGUGUGUACUUAAAACAAACAAAACAUAAGUGAUUUAAUGCUUGUUAUUUCUAAGAUGCCUUGAUUAUACCUACCUUAUUAUGGUAUUACAAAGUGUUAACGGCCUUCCAGCUUCAGAAUGAAGCUCAGUAACCCCUUGCAGUGCAAUGCGUCUACUGACUACUUCAAAGCUGAAAGGGGUUAAAGUGAACUGACGGUUAAAACUUAGUUUUAAAAUAAAGAAACAAAAAUAGAAAAAAGUGUUGCACCAGGUUUUCAUGACUAAAGCCUAAUAGAAUUUCGCUCUAUGGUUUUAAUAAUAAAAAAUAAAAAAUUAUAUACAUUAAAAAAAAAAAAAAAAAAUAUAUAUAUAUAAAAAGAAAAUAAACAAACAAACAAUAGUGGCCACAGCUGUGACAUACGCCCUACAUGUGCCAGUAGGGGGCAGCACUUUCAGAGGCUUUGCAUUUUCUUUUUACGUUUUUUUUUUUUUUUUUUUUUAAUGAGGCACCUUACUAGGGCCUUCUUGUUUACAAUUUUUGUUCCUUUAUGGGAGGGUUGUUGUUUGGGAGGAAGGGAUUUUUUUUUUCCCCUCCAAAAUAAAUGUUUACUCUUCCAUCAGUUUAAAAAUGUGUAAAAAAAAAUAAAAAUAAAAAAAUGUGCUGAGGAUGCUUUUAUCUCUGGGAGUCAAACUGUGUUUGGUUGAGUGCGUCCUUUUUUUUUUUUCUUUUUUCUUUUUUUCAUUUUUGUGUGUGAUUCUGAGUUCUUAAUGAAAAUGGGGAAACACCAUGGCUCUCAGGAAUAAUAAUAAGAAUAGGUAACACUUCCCUUCUCCCCAGUAUAUAAAAAAAUAAAAAAAAUCACUAGAAAAAAAAAAUGCAAGUUUUUAUUUUCGCACUAACAGUGCUUAUUUCUCAAAGACUUUUCUUCUCUGCCAAAAAAAAUCCCCCCACCCGCUCUCUAAAGCUUUCUAAAGCCAAGAAAAGAGAACAUUUUGCUUUGAUGCUGUCUUUUUAGUGAGUAGUCUUGAGAUUUGCUGAUAUAGUUGAUUUUUUUUUUUUUUCUUUCUUAUGUGGCUGUGUCUUCGCUUUGUGACAGUGUUUUAUUAAUGUACUGCAAUGUCUGUGUUUUUUAUGUGUGUUUUUUUUUUUAUUAAAAAAAAGCCAAUUAUUUAGUAACUAUGCACAUUUAUGCACAUUGUAACAGAGUACUGGGCUGAUCGAUUUAUUGUGUGUUGUACAACAAAGUGAAAAAAAGAGAAAGAAAAAGUGUUUUUAUGUUUAGAAGUAAAUGAUUGCAAAUACUUAAUUGCAAAGGAACAAGUUACAUAUUAUUUUGUUGUUGUUGCCAUAAAUGGUAUUCUGCUUGUUUGGUCAAAGAAUUCAAAAACUGAACAAGGGUAAAAAAAAAAAAAUAUUGGUGUAAUUCCUGACCUUUAACCCUUCCACUGCACAUUCUUCUGGGGGGAGGACAAUAGGGGUUACCAGCAGUUACUCUCCUGCCUCUACUCCCUUUUGUUUCUAUUUUAUUUUGUUUUCCCUUCCAGGAGGGGUACAGCUCCUGUUAUGUCCCCUCACUUACCCUCCCCAAGGGGCCAAGGAACAGAUUGAGCAGUAAUGCAUUGCAGGGCUUAUCCGCAGCAGGAGGAGUGUGAGGUGAACAUAUGUGGUAGGUCUCAUUAUCGGUGGUGCAGCUUUUAAACAUUCAUUUUUCUGUUAAAAAUGACAGUCAUUUAUUUUUACCCUGUAGUUUCCUGUUGAUUUCAUUGUGAGGUGUGCGCUAUAAGACCCCUCCAUGAUAUCAAUGCCUACAGGUUAGAAAAGUCCUCAAGUCUUUAAUAAGGGCUUUUGAUAUCUGAACACGGGAGGGAGCUGUUUUGUAGGCUGCACUUUUAUCCACGAAUGCAGCCAAUCAGUUCAUUUAAGUAGGGUUUGGUGACAUCACUGAGAAUGCAGCCUAUCCAUUUAUUAGGAUGCGUGACAUCACUGAGAAUGCAGCCUAUCCAGUUACUAGGAAGCAGUAACAUUAGAGAACCCAUUGUAUCAGACCAUUAGGAAGCAGCUAUAUUAUGGAGACUGCCUUCCUAUCCGUUUUCCCUCAACUUGUGCCAUUACGAAGUGAAUGGAUGGGUCUUAGUCGUGUGACCAUUGGAUCUGCUAGCACAAUGGCUGCCGCCUCUGUAUUUAUGCACUUUAAGUCAUGCAUCUACCAACAAUAGGAUCCACUGUUUUUUAAAUCACAAAAACAUAUGUUCACAUUGCAACUCCUCCUAGGAUAGGUUCAUGCAUGAUCCAGCCACUAAUGAUGGGGACGGCAGGAGCGCAAUAAACUAGGGCUGUUACAGAUUGAUAUUUGGGAUAACCAUGCCAGUUAAUUUUUUUUUAUAUAUAAUUUAAUUACAUAGCAAAAUAAUCUAACACACGGUGCAUUAAUAUUUCUAUCAAUUCCAGGGUUAAACCCACAUACGCUGGUGCAACGAGGUUUCCCAAAUAUGAAUUUGCUAAGCCUGUGACCCCGUUAAGUUCUGCACACUGACAUUUACUCAUUGCCUUGAUUCUGAUUGCUUUGUGUCAGCCGAUACAAAUCAACUUGUGGCUUUUUAACUGUUUACAAAUAGAAAAUGAUUGUACAUUUUACAAUUUUUUUUUUUUGAUUGAUGAAGUUUAAGAGAUUAGUAAACCAUGUAUUUUUCGCUGCUUAGCCUUCACUAGUUUUUCUCCUUGUGACUUAAUUUGGAAGCUUUUUUUGUGUUUGUUUUAAUGCAGUCUGAAAAAAUAUAAACCUUAAAUAUGCUUGGACUGUAUUUCAUGGUGUGAAAUGUGUUGAAUAAUCAGAGGAGAAGUGUAAUAUUUGUAAUGUUGUAUGAGGCAAACAGUUCAGCGUUUGUUCCUGGUAUAUAAACAAUAUAGCCUUAGACUAUCUGGGAAAUCCUUUUAAGAGGUCUGUCUCCUUCAUGUGGUAGUGGCAGCUGUUUUGUGGGCUGGACUCACAAUGGGCUCGAUUCAGUUCACGUUGAAUUGAAUCGAGCCCAAUGAGGGGCUUUAGGCGAUACCUUCAGUUCUCGUUGGAUUGAAGGGCCGGCCAUAGAAUGUCUGCCGCCACCGCAUCUUGUAAGUGACGGUUACACUAAAAGGACUCUGCCAGAAUAUGUUCCUAACUGUACUAUCCUGCACUAAACUUGUAACUUGAAAAAUAUACAGGACACAGCCGCUUGGAAAAUGAUAUUUGAUAUUAACACUUGAGUACGCUUUUACCGCCUUUAUACCUCAGUUAAAGAACAACCCAGCAGUGACUAAAUAGCAUUUUAUUUUGUUUAUAUUUAGCACAUUUGUCCUGCUUUUCCCUCCCGGUGCUUACCAGCACCAUAGUGUUUUUAUUGUGUAGCUAGACAAAGAGGUCUGAUCUGCCAAUGAGUGUGCUGUGUUCCUUGUAAGGUCAUUUCAAGUCAGCCUUCUGUAUUUCAAUAAAAUAAACACUUUAUCUGUAACUUAUUUCAAACAGUACUGUAGUGAAUCCCGGCCCUGAUGCUAUUGAAGGUGGCAGGGGGGGGUGUAUCCUGCAUGGUAUUACUACACAAUGUGUUGCAGGACCACUACCCUAAUAAGGAAAAAAAAAAAGGACUAAUGUGUGUAGGGAGGCUUAUGAUAAGUCGUAUUCAGGUUUCUCUAACACUUUGUGGGGCCUGAUUACAAGUGACAAAAAAACAAAAGCAAAAAAAAAAAACCAAAGCUAGCUUUGUGACACUUCCCAGGCGAAGGUAUAAAGUAUCUCAAUGUUUAGCUGCCCUCCAAACACUUGAAUGGAGCGUUUUUCUUUUACAGCAUCUUAUUGUAUUGUUCAAAUGCUUGAAUGCUUCCUGUUUUAUUUUUGUUUUAUGAAGCUUGUUAUGUAAUAAAUAAAGUAUGUUUGCUCUUACAA